UCGGGUUGCACCUUCACAUUUUGAAAAUCAAAAGCUUUGAUCUUGACCUUUGAACUUGCUCGAAUUCCGACGACGGGCUCCUCCGCAAUCCGCCCUUAUCCACCGUCGCUGCUGCUUGUGGUCGCCGCCGUCACCGGCCGAUGCGUUCGUCGGAAUUGAAUAUUCUCGCUUGAAUCCGUUCGUUGAUCACAGGAGGAGGAGAGGAAUCAGCUGAUAGUCCUUUGAUUUCGUUCCAUGUUCGCCAGAAAAUUUCUGCAGAAAUCCGCCGACGAUCAGAAAUCCCCGGCGUCUCCUCGGCCGCAGGGAUGUUUGGUUGAAGCAGAUUUGGAUCCUCAGACUGUUAUCCACUAUGGUAUACCGUCGACAGCUUCUGUUCUUGCUUUUGACCCUGUUCAAAGCCUCUUGGCUAUAGGCACAUUAGAUGGAAGGAUAAAAGUGAUUGGUGGAGAUAACAUUGAAGCAAUUCUUGCAUCUCCUAAACAAUUACCUUUCAAGAACUUGGAGUUCAUACAAAACCAAGGUUUUCUGGUCAGCGUCUCAAAUGAAAAUGAGAUUCAGGUCUGGGACUUGGAUCUCAGGCAGACAGCCUCGAGCUUACAAUGGGAAUCCAACAUUACUGCUUUUUCAAUCCUUCAUGGAACUGGUUACAUGUUCAUUGGUGAUGAAUACGGUAUGGUGUCUGUCAUGAAGUAUAAUGCUGAAGAAGGGAAACUUGUACAGCUUCCUUAUUAUGUUCCCACCGAUGCAUUGGCUGAAGCGGCAGGACUUUCAUCUCCUAUUGAACAUCCCAUAGUCGGACUUCUUUCCCAACCUUGUUCGAAGGGAAGUAGAUUGCUGAUUGCAUUUUCAAAUGGAUUACUCUUUCUCUGGGAUGCGUCAGAAGAUCGUGUCCUGCUGGUUCGAGGAAACAAAGAUUUACCUUUGGAGGGUAAAACAGUGGGAAAUUCUCCAGAAGUUUUUCACACUGAGCUUUCUGAUCUUGAAUUAGAGGGGAAAGAGAUAAGUUCUCUGUGUUGGGCGUCCACUGAUGGUUCAGUUCUUGCUGUUGGUUAUGUGGAUGGAGAUAUAUUAUUUUGGAACUUUUCUGAUGGACAUAUUAAAAAGCCAUCUAAUCAUGUCGUUAAGCUCCAGUUGUCAUCGGCCGAGAAAAGACUUCCUGUCAUUGUUAUGCAUUGGUGCUUGGAUGCAUCUCGAAGAGAUAGUGGAAAGCUCUUCAUUUAUGGUGGUGACAUCAUUGGUUCUGAAGAAGUUCUUACGAUGUUGACCCUUGAUGUGUCUUCUGGUAUGGGAGGUCUGAAAUGUGUCAGCCGUAUUGACCUUACCCUUAGCGGUUCGUUCGCUGAUAUGGUCUUGUCACCAAUUUCCAGUUCAAGGAGCAGGGGAAUGUUUCUUUUUCUAUUGACAAAUCCAGGACAGUUACAUGCAUAUGAUGACAUUUCCCUUGCUUCCCUAAUGUCUCAGAAGGAUGAACAUGUUUCUGUCUCUCCUCUGCCAUAUCCAAUGGUUAUACCAUCUAUGGAUCCAUAUAUGACAGUGAUGAUUCUUGCUGCACUUAACGGAAAUGAUAAAUCCUCAAGGACACUUUCCGAGAUGGUCCUAGCAGCAAAAGCUCAAACACCUCGCACUCCAUUAGGAGCAAAUGUACAAUGGCCUCUGACUGGUGGUGUUCCAAACCAACCCGAAUAUUACAAGCUUGAAAGACUGUACAUAGCAGGAUAUCAAGAUGGGUUGGUGCGAAUAUGGGACGCCACUUGUCCCAUUCUAUCUCUUCUUUAUACCUUGGAUCCCAAGGUAAAUGGUGUUGAACUAGCUGGGACAGAUGCAUCGGUAUCUGCACUUCACUUCUGCACUAAGACUCUGUGUUUAGCUGUUGGCAACGAAUGUGGUAUGGUUCGGUUAUACAAGCUGGUUGGGCAUAAGGAUGAAGCAAGUUUGACGAUUGUUACUGACCGUGAUAGGCAAGUUCAUGCAUUGCAUCAAGUAGAUGGACCUUGGUGGUUAGCAGCAUUUUCCAUCCUGAGUUCUCCUGUUUGUGCAUUGCAAUUUAUGCAGUCUGCCAGAAAGCUUGCUGUAGGAUUCGAAUGCGGCAGGGUUGGGAUGCUCGAUGUUGCUGCAUCUUCAAUAAUGUUUAUUACGAACGUCAUAUCUGAUUCAAGUUCCCCGAUCAGGUCACUCUCUGUGAAAUCAUUUUCAGAAUCAACUGACACAGUAAGUGGUCCAAAUGAUGAACUCGAAAAUCCCGAGGUUUCUGAAGAGUUGAUCUUGUAUGCAAUGACAAAGGAUGCACAAGUUUUUCUCUUUGAUGGCAACUCCGGGGAUAUUCUUGCCUCAUGCCCAAGUCGUCUGAAGAACCCAACUGCAAUUUGUAUGCACGUCAUAGAGGACUUCAUUGAAAAUUUGAAAAUGCCUGAUGAAAAAUCUGCCCAUGUUUCAAACGGGAAGGGGGAAGCUGAGGACAAAACCCAUUCGACUGGUGCUACCAGUGAGAAUCUUCCACUAGAAAGUGAACGAAGUGUUGUCACGGAAACGAAACCUGUUGAUCAGAGAUUAGCAAGGUCGCCAUUUCUGAUUUGCUGUGAGGAUACACUGCGCUUGUAUACUUUGAAAUCUCUGUCUCAGCCUAAGGGAAGUCUUGAUUGCGUGGUGGAGGUGAAUCUUUCAAGGCCAUGUUGCUGGAUGACAACCCUCAAAAAAGGCGGCGAGGAAUGUGGAGUGCUUCUGCUUUACCGAACAGGGCAUAUGGAAGUAAGGUCUUUCCCAGAUCUUGAAGUUGUUCAAGAGAGCUCCCUGAUGUCACUACUGAGGUGGAACUUCAAGACUAACAUGGAGAAGACAGUAUGUUCCGAUGGUAGUGGCCAUGUUGUCCUGGUGAAUGGGUGUGAAGUAGCCAUCCUAUCAUUCAUGGCCCAUGAAAAUGGCUUCAGGAUCCCAGAUUCUUUCCCUUCUCUCCAUGACAAAGUUCUUGCGGCUGCUGCUAAUGCCACCUUCAGCCAGUUCCCGAAUCACAAGAAAAACCCGGAAGGCAGUCCAAGAUUCCUAGGCGGCAUUAUUAAGGGCUUCAGAUCAAGCAACGAACAGAAGGUGGAACAAGCACAAGACUUUUCACACUUGGGGAACAUCUUCUCUAACCCGCCAUACUUAAAGCCAUCUGCUACUAGUGGAGACGAUGAAAAGAUUAUUGAGCUGAACAUAGAUGACAUCGAGAUAGAUGAUGAGCCCGUGGCUGUUUUGCCUUCAUCCGAGACAAACAGAAAUGAGAAGAAAGAUAAAAGAACAGAAAAGGAGAGAUUGUUUGAAGGUGCAUCAAGCGAUGCACAACCGAGAAUGAGGACUGUGGAUGAGAUUAAGGCCAAAUACAGAAAAGCUGGGGAAACCUCUGCAAUAGCUUCACAGGCGAGAGACAAGCUUAUGGAACGCCAAGAAAAGCUAGAGAGAAUCAGCGAACGCACCGCAGAGCUCCAGAGCGGGGCGGAGAACUUCGCAUCAAUGGCGCAGGAGCUCGCCAAGCAAAUGGAGAAGCGAAAAUGGUGGAACAUUUGAGAAAACCCGAAAACUAAUUCCGCCCAUUCGCGUUUGUUUGAUUUGUGUGUGAAAUCUGUAACGUUUGAGCCUUGUAGUUUAAUAAUAAUAAUACCUCAGAAGCCAAAUCUUUGUUUUAUUCGGUUUAUAUCUCCUUACCGUUGUUUCUGUUCA